UCUGUUCUUUCCUUUUGAAAAAAAAAGCCAUUUUUGUUCAAUUGUUGUCUCCUUGCUGAAUAUUUUGUUUUGCUGCUUGUGAAGCUAAGGUAGGAAACUAUAAUGGCAAAGAAGCCGAGAAUUGUGAUAAUUGGAGCUGGGAUGGCUGGUCUUACUGCAGCUAACAAGCUCUAUACUUCCACUAGCUCUAACGAUUUGUUCGACUUGGUUGUUGUCGAAGGCGGCGAUAGAAUUGGUGGCAGAAUCAACAGUUCUGAGUUUUGUGGUGACAGAAUUGAGAUGGGUGCUACUUGGAUCCAUGGAAUAGGAGGUAGCCCGGUUCAUCAAAUUGCUCGGGAAAUUCACGCUCUUGAGUCUGACCAGCCAUGGGAGUGCAUGGAUGGGUUCUCGGACGAGCCGAAGACCAUUGCUGAAGGAGGGUUCGAGCUGAAUGCCUCUAUCGUUGACCCCAUAUCCACCCUUUUCAAUAACCUGAUGGACUUCGCUCAAGGAAAGCUGGCUCAAGACGGUGCAGGCGGAGGGGACGCUUGUUUCUCUAAUUUUGCUGCUAAAGCGGCCUCGAAAGGUUGUACGAUCAACGGUCGGUUUGGUAACCAAAGUGUCGGUGCGUUUCUUAGACAAGGCUUCGAUGCUUUUUGGGAUUCUUGCAAGGACCGUGCGGAGCUCAGUGGGUAUGGUAAAUGGAGCAGGAAGUUGCUGGAAGAAGCCAUUUUCGCCAUGCAUGAAAACACCCAGAGGACUUAUACUUCAGCCGGUGAUCUGUUCAAUCUAGAUUUCGAAGCAGAAAGGGAGUACCGCAUGUUCCCUGGUGAAGAAAUCACCAUUUCUAAAGGUUACUUGAGCGUAAUCGAACACCUUGCAUCUGUUCUUCCUCCUGGUGCAAUCCAAUUAGGCCGCAAAGUCGCAACAAUUGAAUGGCAGCCUGAGAGUCAUAAAUCAAAAGAAAUUCCAAAUGGAUAUGAUUCCAGUUGCAGACCAGUGAAGCUUCACUUUUGCGAUGGAUCUGUCAUGUUAGCAGAUCAUGUGAUAGUCACAGUUUCAUUAGGUGUCUUAAAAGCUGGAACUGGUCAAGAUUCAGGUAUGUUCAACCCUCCACUUCCUUCUUUCAAGACAGAGGCUAUAUCAAGUCUAGGGUAUGGUGUUGUUAACAAGCUGUUUCUUCAAUGGAGUCCAAAUGGUAAUAAUCGAAACGCCAAUGACAAAGACAAGUUCCCUUCCCUGCAAAUUGUUUUCCAUCCCCCAGAAUCCGAGUUAAGGCAUGAAAAGAUCCCAUGGUGGAUGAGGAGAACAGCUUCUCUGUCUCCUAUUUACAAGAAUUCAAGCGUCCUCCUAUCAUGGUUUGCCGGGAAAGAAGCUCUCGAGCUCGAAACCCUUAGCGAUGAAGAGAUUAUAGACGGAGUUUCAUCAACAGUUUCUGGUUUAUCAUCAGCAUUAAAAGCCCACAAGGAAGUGAAGCAUAAUUCCCCUGAAUUCUGCAAUGGGAGCGCCAGAGAAGGUGGUAAAGUAAGAUUUGUCAAGGUUUUGAAGAGCAAAUGGGGCAGUGAUCCAUUAUUCUUGGGAUCUUACAGCUACGUUGCUGUUGGAUCAAGUGGUGCUGAUUUAGACACAAUGGCUGAGCCAUUACCAAAGACUGGGAGCUCCGAGUUAGACCGUGCUGUGGAUCAUCCACUUCAAAUUUUGUUUGCUGGGGAAGCUACACACAGAACCCACUAUUCUACAACUCAUGGAGCUUACUUUAGUGGUCUUAGGGAAGCCAAUAGGCUUCUGCAACACUAUCAUUGCCAUGGGGUUUAGACUUAGCAAUUUCAAUUUGAUUUAUUUUUAAAUACCCUAAACCAUCUCUCUUUCUUUAACGUAAAGCAAAGGGGGUGAAAGAGAGCAAAAACGAAAAAGAAAGAAUGAGGGGGUUUAAUGAAAUUAUGGAAGAGAUAGAUGGAGACAUUUUAAAAUGUAUUGGUAUGAAUUAAAAGAAGCUUCUUUUCAAUUUUC